AUGAUGGAUCCUGUGGUGCUCAGCUACCAGGACAGCCUGUUACGGCGCUCCGAUGUCUCCUUACUGGAAGGACCUUACUGGCUUAACGACAGAGUGAUCGGGUUUGCCUUCGAGUAUUUCGCCAGCGAGCGCUUCGGCGUCCUGGGCGAGUCCAUUAUCUUCAUCAGCCCAGAGGUCACACAGUUUAUCAAGUGCGCUUCUUGUCCUGAUGAGUUAGCUAUUUUCCUGGAACCGCUGGAUCUCGCCUCUCGCCAUUGGGUCUUCUUAGCUGUCAAUGACAACUCCAACCAGACGGCCGGAGGAUCCCACUGGAGCCUUUUGCUCUAUCAUCAGAGCUCCAACCACUUUGCACACUACGACUCGCAAAACGGCAGCAAUUCACUGCACGCUCGACGUAUCGCCAGCAAGCUGGAACCUUUCCUGGGUGCGGGGAGGAAAGCGCUGUUUGUGGAGGAGCCCUGUCCAUCGCAGCAGAACAGUUAUGACUGUGGCAUGUAUGUUAUCUGCAUUGCUGAGGCCUUGUGUGAGAAGGUCAGGCUGGAGGGCUCACCUCGCCUCCCUGUGCAAAUCAUCACCCCAGCCUACAUUACCCAGAAGCGGGCCGAAUGGUGCAGACUGAUCCAGACUUUGGCUCAGAACGACCUCUGCCGCUCUGUUUUUCCUCUAGCACGUUGACUCCCUGCUCUAUCAGCCCCCACAUGAAUACUGCUGGAGAACGUGAAUGCACUCCUUUAAUACAGUAUAUACCUUCUUAAUAUAUUUCUAUUACAAUCUCUAUUUUAGUGUAAAAGUACAGCAAUGUUGGAAUCAGUAAUGCUU